AUGCGUGCUUCGAUACUGGCCAUUGCAGGCUUCGCCGUCAUCUAUCCAGCAGUAGCCCUGGUAUUCCCAGAAGCUGUACCUCUCUACCGCCGACAAGCACCAGGAACCCCGGAAUAUGACUGCCAUGCCAACUGUGGAGCUGUGAUCGUCGAUGGUCGUACCACGGGCUACUGCGACUCCGCAAACUUCACCACUGUGCUCGACGCUUGCCUUGACUGCGCGCUGCAGUACGAUAUCUGGCAGUACUAUGGCAACAGUGUUUCUGAGGCUGCUGAGGGUUGUGGUCUAGAUGCAACGCCUAUUCCCGCGAAUUCCACCACUGCAGCCAACAGCACCUCUGUAUCUGUUACGACCUCACAGACUGCAACUUCGUCCGAGGGGACGACAACAAGCUCGCCUGCUACGUCUUCAGCCACCGAAGGGUCUUCGACUGUGGUGACAACUAGUGCUACGACCGCGACCGCAGCUACCUCCAGUUCUCCAACCGCAGAGUCGGCUGACAGCGCUGGAAGCAAGGCUUAUGUCAACAGUGGCCUUGCCAUGGUUGCUAUUCCAGCUUUGCUCGCCUGCUUCAUUUAG